UCAGGUCAGGCUCCUGGGAGGUGGGGACAGGGUUAGGGCGCAGUGGGGAGGCCUUGGCCCAAUCCCCAGCCCUGCUUCCUCCCCAGCCCGGGGUGCCUGGGCCUCCAGAGUCCCCUGCCCCUCCCUGCUCACAGAUUUGGGGGGUGCUUUGGUCAGCAGCAUUGUGGAGAGUUACUUCAGACCACCCCGGCCAUGCAUCCCGGGGUCCCCGAAGGUCCUGGGGUCUCCGAGCCCGGCCCCCGGGAGCUGUGUGCCUUCGUGAGCGGGGCGGCUGCCCACAUGCUGCGGGCCCUGCAGCCCCGGCGCACCCGACCCCCCAAGAGGCGGCCCAACCACAGAAGGUUUCUGCACAACCAGAUCUGCAGGCAGUUCACCAAGAUUGAGGCCGCCACCCGGCGCCUGGCCCUCUCCAUCCUGUCCCAGGAGGCACCUCCCCAGAGACCCUCGCUCCAAGAGCCACCCCCACCGCCUCCAUCCCCCUUCCUCGGAGUGGCCUGUGCUGUGGCCCCCACUGAGGCUCCCCAUGCCAGCGCCAGCCUGAGUCUCACUGCCCUGGACACCUCUACCCUCGACCUCUUUGACAACAUUGUGCUCACCCCAGAGUGUACCUCAGUGCCACGGGACCCCUCCUCUGGUCCCACUCCCCUGCCAGUGCCGGGUCUGUCCUAUCUCGACCUGGGCCCGCCGGACCUGAGGCAGGUCCCACGUUUCUGCGGCCCCCUGCCCCUUCCCCGGCAUGCCCUGGGGGAAGAGGCUGAUCUCGCGGCUCCCGACUGGGGUUGGGUGGACUGGUGGGAGGAUCCUCGUGCCUGGGAUUCUCAGGGGAUCCCUGAAGGUUGGGGGACCAGCUCCCCAUAA